AUGCAUGACGGUGGUGGCGAGGUGCGUGCUGCCAACGACAGCGUCUCGCUAGAGGAGCGCCCUGGCAGCGUGCAGUUGGCACAGCCGGACGUGGCCGCCCCACGGCUGCCGCGGUCUUACCUCAUCGCGCAUGUGCCGUUCCGCGCCGCCUGCGAGCUCCUCGACCGCCAAGCACGGAAUUGGAACGAGGAGUUUCAGAAGUUGUGGGUCGACGAGUGCCAGUCGGCGUGGGUCACCGACACCCGCGAGGCUCUCGAGGAGUUCCUGCAGGAGUACGAGUCGUAUUGCUUCGCACUCGUGGAGAGCCUUUGGAGGGAAGGGAGAAAUAGCAGCACCUGGGCACCGCGCGCCAUGCAGUUUCCUGAUUGUUUUCGUGUCGGCAAUAUCAUGUUGCGCGUGUGGCGCGAUGACAAGCUUGGCCUCAACAUGCAGCGGUGCUUUCGCGCGCUGAUAGACUGCAGGGCGCCAUUCAUCGCGUUCCCGCUGUGCGCGGCGUUCCGCUGCUACAACGCCAGCAUUACGGUACAGGCCGUCGUUCCCAUCGAGCGGGGGCGGGCGCCGCUGUACCGAGGCGAUGGCACCGCAGACCCGCUGCUCCACCGCCCGCUGCAUGACUACUUGUCGUUUCUCUUUGAGGCGCUUAAUAUUGUCCCACACGGGGUGGGCGCGCAGUUGAAACACGUGGGGGUGGAGGUCUACGAGGGCUCUGACCUGCGGCUGUACAUCCUCAACCCUACUGGGCUACUUCCACCGGUGAGUGUGUCGUCACUUGGUGUGUCGGGGCCGCUGCGCCGCUGGUGGCAUGUCGUGCGCGGCCCACCGGCGCACUUUAUGCAGCCGCCCACGCAGGUGUACGAGCGGGCGGCCGCAACGGUUCACUUCCUGCUGCUGGAUGCUUUACAGGAGGUUAGCGCACGUCGUGCAAAGGCGAUGGUGCGGAUCAUGCACGACAACGGCCUCAACGUCUGCCUUCUCGGCGUGGUGCUACGGCACCUUCUUUCGCAGCCGGAUGAUGGCGACGAGAGCAGGGAAAAUCUGAUGCGGCUUAUCGGUACUGAGAUGAUUGCACGCGCUGCCCGGCGUGUGAUGUACCACCAAGCAAACAUUGAUCGUGCUCCGCGUAAUUUCAAGACGGCGAACAGUUAUUUGGCGCGGACGGUGGGCGCACUGAUGGACCCAGAUCCCAGCCGUUUUCUCUACGGUCUGACCCCAACACUGCGCAAGGUGUUUCCCACCGAUGGCGAUGAUGCCGCCAUGCAGAGUUUCCUGCAAACAACUCUCCGUGAGAAUGCUCUGCAGAUAACGAAGCGUCUCUGCGUGCUCUGCUGCUUUGUUCUCAAUCGCGGUGUUGUAGAGCAGUUUGACUGUGUCCGCUCCGCGCACAACUUCAGUAGCUAUUUGGAUGAGAAUCAUGAGUCAGCCGUUGCGGCAUUCAUGCUGGACCCGAGAAGAGAGAAGGAUGCCACUCUGGGCCAGCUCACAUCUUUGAUCCUGCCGUAUUGCAUCAAUCAACACAUGCGAGCAGGGCGCACUGAAGAGGCUAUGCGCCUUUCGCGACGUAUAGUUGCUGUUCGUGCACGAACGAAGCAGAGUUUUCUUUACUUUGAGGCGCUGGUGAAUGCCGCUCUUGCCGCUGCGCAGUCUGGGAACUACGAGGGGGGGUUGACGAUGCUUGAUCGUGCGCAAAGCGGAAUGAGCAUCACACCUGCAGUCGAGCGCGGCAUGGCAAACAGCGGUGUCGCGGUCGCUCCUCCACAGAAUAUUUACUUCUUGUGGGGUCGCAUCAGUGCUGCGGCCGCGAGUGGUUUUCUGCGGUGUCUCUACGAAGACUGUGAGGGGGCGCGUGACAGCUUCCUUAGUGCCCUUGGACUCCUGCGUACAGUUAACCCUACCACCGCGGAGCACGCCACAUACGCGGCGCUGCUGCCGUUCAGUGGGUUGAUCGAAACGGCUGCACGUUCGUCAGCCGUAACGAUUGAGGAGCUCCUCACCACAUGGAGCCAACUGCGGCAGCGGCUUUUACCUUCUGUCUACGCGGCGAACGUGUGCGAGCAACUGGCGAUGCUUCUUUUCGAGAAUAACAUGUACGAGGCGGCUGCAGAGCGACUUCGAGACGCGUUGGAAAUUGUGGUGCUCCUUCUCGGUGAUCACUCCUACAUUGUAGGUGUGCUACUUAACAAGCUCGCGUUUGUGUACUACACGUGGGAUGUAAAGCGGUUUGGACUGCUGUGCAACUGUCUGCUGCAGUUCGCCGAGACCAUCAUGAUUGAGACCAAGGGGGAAUUCACUGUCUCGCACCUAUGCGUUGUGGAGAACAUCGUCAUGACGUUGAUGAUGCGCGGCAGUUUUGUUGCAGCAUCAAGACGGCUGACAGCCGCUCUGCAGUCAACAUCACGGAAGACGGCCCGCAUACCACGUGACCACCCAGUAACGGUUCGCCUCUACGAGACACUAGAACGAUUCAAGACGCUCUUUGCUCCCACCGCAACAGUUAUCAUUCAGCGCCACUGGCGGGAAUAUAAGCGCAGACUUGAGCUUCAAGCCGUCUUUGAGGUAAACGCAAGUCUUCUACAGCGCGUAGGGCGCGGCAUGGUGCGCCGCCGACUAAUGCUGCUGUACUCGCGCAGUGAGGUUCAACUCGAAGAUUUUCACCAGCGUGACCGCGACUUCGUGAUUCGAAACUUCUCGAAGCCGCUGCUUCGGGCCUCGGAGCGGCUCUCGAGGAAACUGCGUAACUGGAAUGGUGAGGCACAGCAUUACCACCUGAGCGACCAGAUGUGGGACACAGCUGCCGUCACUGCACGCAAUGAGCACUAUGAUACCCUGGAGCGGGAAUUCCACACGAAGGUACUUGAAUGCAUCGAUGCGCUGAGGGAAUCGCCCCAUAUAUUGACACCGGUACGCGAUUGCACCACAUCUUUCGUGAUGGAUAACAUUGUCAUCACGCGUGUGGCAACAGACGAUGUGCUACCGAGGAUGCAGAACACCAUCUCCGCCCUGCUGCGGCGUUCGCCAACGGCCUUCUUCACAGCGGGCCUCACUGAUUAUGUGGAAGUGGCGGGUGAGGCAUACCUUGCGCAGGCCCUCAUCCCUAUCCACCGCCGGCCGCAAGUCAUCCUUGGCGGUUCCGUGAAGGCUGACCAGAAGUCCCCAAAGAACGCCGUAUGGGCCGUCGUUGACGAGGCCUUCUGGUUGAUUUAUGGCCACAGCUCCGAUGAGGUCCCAAAUCACACACGUGGGAUAGAGAUUGUCGGGGCAAUGGAUGGCUUGUGGUACUUGACCAACUGCAUCGGUUUCAUUGCACACAUGGAAGAUCGCCUCGACGAGUUUAUGAAGAUGAUGAACACAUCACCGUAUCAGCAGGCUAUCCAGCUAUUCGCCGUGAAUCAGCAGGCCCAGGCUGUAACCCUAAUUGAGCAGUUUUUACUUUCCCGCAAGUGGAAGAGUGACGUCAAUAAGUUUCUUGCACAGGGCUUUCUGGCGUAUUGCUGUGGUGCUGCUGGGGAUGUGAAGGGGGCAGCGUUUAAACGGUUUCAGGUUUCUGCUGAGGUGUUUGAGAGGAUAGGAUUGCUGCCCCUUGCAGGCUGGUUGUAUUACCAGCAAGGCCGUUUCCUUAUACGCAUGGGGGAGUACGCCUUGGCGAUUAAGCCGCUAAUGGAGCAACACCGUGCGUUAAAGGCAGGCCGCUACCACGCAUAUUACGCUGCGCACCCGUUUCUCGAAAAUGCGCUGUGGCUUGGCAGGGCGUGCCGCAACGCAGGCAGACCAAUUAAUCGAGGUGUGAUCACGUUUACUCUCCAUGCGGCGACGCAUAGUGAGCCGAUGGAGCUGCUUUUUGAAACAUGUGCGGUGAUGACACAAUAUUGCCUCGAGUCUGGAGAGCUGAAAUUAGCAGAGGAGUUUGCAGUUGUGCGAGAGCGCAAGGCGAAGGAACUUGACAAGGCGUCGAGCCUGCGCUACGCCAAGGCUCUUCUCGAGCAUAGUCAGCUGCUUUUCAAGCGCGGCGAGCGGGAGAGCUGCGAGGUGAGCGCCUCACUGCUGACGGCUGCCAUCCGCAUCGUGGAGGCGGUGCAGCCCGACUCCCUAAUUCUCGGCAUCAUGCUAAACAACUACGGCUCACUGCUCACGCAACUCAAGAAACUGCCAGCCGCUAAGAAGACGCUGCUGAAUGCCCAGCGUCUUCUUCGCAGCCAUCUGAACCCGGAGCACCAGGAGAUGAUCAGCUGGCGAAAAAAUAUGAAUGUUCUUGAGAGUCGGCUGCGGCGUGGCGCCGCGCUGCGGAUUCAACGCGCGGUGCGGCGGUGGCUGGAGAGGCGCGCCGUCACUGGGCGCCUCGAAGAAGAGGAUCCGGAGCGCUACAUCAGCCUGCUGCGGGAGCAGCUGCUGUGGCGUCUGAGGCGUCUUGCUGUCGCGGAGUCGACCACGCGUGUUUUUAUUGCCGAUGAAGAGAACGAGGCAUUCUACGUGCUGCAGUACAAGCAACGGCGGAGGCUCGGUGCAGCAAAAGUGUCGACAAUUCUCAGGGAAACAUAUUCCGCACGUAUGCAUAUUCAUGAAGAGAAGUUGAUGACUUCCCUUGCAGCAUUGGUAAGACUCGAGGAAGGUAUUCGCAAAGCAUUGUUAUUCUUGGAGCAAGGUGUUCACGCAACACUCUUCACGGAGGGAAUAUGGGGACUGUACCGCUCGGGUCGUCGCGCCAUUAUCCGCGAGAACCACGCAAUGCGCAUUGGGUUCAGGCUAUGCCGCAUUGAUAGUGUACAGACACUGGUGCGAAGCGAUAUGUUGCGGGCGCACUCAAAGCUGCUAUUAUAUCUCGUGUCCAGCGAAGAAACGGUAUGGAGAAAGCACCUUCGCUCUGUGAAUCGUCAACAGAAGCGUGCGCUGGGGAUUAAUAUCAGUCGUAUGCUUAAGCCGAGUCGACAUUCCAAACAGCGACAGAAGCGCCGAAAGAACCCCCAACGGCAGCUGGAGGACCUCCUUAUUGAGGAGCAGGUACGUCGAGAUGGCAUCCUCAGCAAGGAGGCUGUCGCGUCGCAUGACUUCUUCUUUGGUCCGCUGGUGGACUCCGAAGACGACUCGUCGGAGACGAGCAGGUGUGGAAGUUUACGUUCUUAG